AUGCCAGGGUUACCAACAGCCCAGACCCCUGAUAAUAGCUCUUUGACAUUCUACAGUCGACCUGAAGGUUCAAAUCAACCCUGGUUCAGUUUCACCGAGUAUAUGCAACCGGAUAUUACUACUCUGAGCCAGGGAGCUGUUCCGUAUAAUAGGCUUGCACGCAGCAAGCCUUGGUCAUUGCCGCAGUUAGUGACUUCUUCGGUGCAACUGAACAAGAUUUGA